AUGCGUUACCAGACGACAACUUGCCAGCUAAAGGAGGGAUCGGCGUUGGAGCCAGGGCAAGAUGUCGUGGUUACAAGGGUGCGUGCGCGAGGCUCACAACCGCGCUCACAACCGCACUCACAAUCGCAUUCGCACCUCCAGAACGGCCUCAGAGCCAUCGCGUCGACAAAGACGGUGUGGGAGAAGGAAUUUAUCGUGCUGACGCUGGGAACCAAGGAGCUCAGGGUUGGAAGAGAAAAGGUGCUGGUGUUGGGUGCCAGACCAACGUCCACGUACACUCGCGAGCAAGCGCAGAGGGAGGUGCACCGAGCGUACGUGAGUGUGCUGGCGCUGUAGAGCCGAGGGUGCGCCCCGUGUAUUGACACGCCCGUGUUCAUCUCUUUAGGAGGAAUUUUUGAGCAGAAUGCAAGAGGAGGAGCAAGAAGAAGAAGAAGAAGAAGAAGAGACUCGGCCGCCAUUUAUGCUCAAGCGCAGCAAGAAGCGCUACGAAGACGACGCAUCCAGCAGCAGGUCGUCAAGGUCUUCAUUUUCAGAGGGAGCAGAGAGAAUGUUGCAGACGCGAGAUGCGACACCGAGCACUACCAAUCUCGGCAGCCUGAUGCAAGCAGCCUCCAUGGGCAGCAACGCUGCAAUGACGGGGACCGCGACGACAACUGCGAGCCCAACUGCGACCGCGACCGCGACGACAACUGCGAGCCCAACUGCGAGCCCAACUGCGAGCCCAACUGCAACCGCAACCGCGACCGCAACGGCAACCGCAACCUCAACCACAAGCACCCUCAUGUCAGACAGGCCAGGCAAUGAUGUUGCGCCUAGCACCCCCUCCACAUCCCGCCUGCCACAACCGCUAUCCUCGACACCAUUGCGCGCAUUGCCGCGCCCGUUGAGCACUUGCCAGGCGGCCGACGACUGGGCAGAGCAACAUCACAAGAGGAGUGCAACCGUUGCAUGCUCUUCCCUUGCAGUUGCAUGGUGGGCAGCAAAGAUGCUGGCGGCCUUUUGA